AUGAGAAUUCGGGAAUCUUGCACAAAUUCUGUCAUACCAACAAUAAUGGCCGCUGUGCGCAGACUGGGGGUCAUAUUUAGGAGUUUGUCGCUGUCGUCAGCUUCGCGGAAUGCGCUUUUUGGUUCUCCCGUGAAGGAUAACCGAUGCAGACGCCGAGGAAUAGCGGUUGCUGUGGGCGUUGCGGCCGGAGGAGCGGUGUUGUAUUAUUUUUAUUCAGAAAUGUGCGGAUAUAGAGGGAGGAAAGCCAUGAUAAAUGGAAUAGGCUGUCGGGCUCUGCUGCCUUCACUACCCGCUGUAGCCGCAAAGGAUAAGGCUCCACCUUUUGAUUUUGAUGAAAGUGACGUGUACAUGACGUCUCAUGAGCAUCGUUUCCGCCUCUUCAGCUCAGUGGAGUAUGAAGGACAGCUGUACAUGACUCCUCAGAACUUCAUCGAGUCAGUCACCAUGAGCGAACCCCGCAUGAAGAAACCUUGGAGGUCCCUCACCAAACAGGAGUUGGAGAAGAUCUUGUCCGACACUCCACCAGUGUGGAAAGGAACAUCCAAGCUGUUCCGGAACCUUCGGGAACGAGGCAUCAUCGCUUACACUGAGUAUCUCUUUCUGCUCUGCAUUCUGACAAAGCCUCAUGCAGGCUUUAAGAUUGCCUUUAACAUGUUUGAUGCUGACGGUAACCAGAUGGUGGAUAAAGGGGAAUUUCUUGUGUUGCAAGAAAUCUUCCGAAAGAAAAAUGAGAAGAAAGGAAGAAAAGGAGAUGCUGAAAAAUCUGCUCAACUGAGUAUGCAGCUCUAUGGAUAUCAGGUUGUCCCCGUAAACAGCGUGCUAAAAAAAGAGAGUCAGGAGUUUGUGCCCAGGAGCUACUGGGACAUGCUGAGACGUGGCGCGAGCCAAGCCCUGUUUUCUGACCUGGCAGAGCGUGCCGAUGACAACAUGAUGAUUGACACCACUCUGCUUGUGCACUUCUUUGGCAAGAAGGGGAAGGCGGAGCUAACGUUUGAGGACUUCUACAGAUUCAUGGAUAAUCUGCAAACUGAGAUGUUAGAGAUUGAGUUCCUGACCUAUUCCAAAGGCAUGACCACCAUCAGCGAGGAGGACUUUGCACGAAUCUUGCUGCGCUACACUAACGUAGAGGAUAUUCGCAGCUAUCUGGAGAAUGUGCGCCAGUGCAUACCUGAUGAGAAGAAAGCAGAGGGCAUCACCUUUGAAGAGUUCAGGUCUUUCUUCCAGUUCCUCAAUAACCUUGAAGACUUUGCCAUUGCCAUGCAGAUGUACAACUUUGCCUGUCGUUCCAUUGGACAAGAUGAGUUUGCUCGGGCGGUAUAUGUCGCAACAGGCCUCAAGCUGACCCGCCACCUGGUUAACACCAUCUUCAAGAUAUUUGACGUGGAUCAUGAUGAUCAGCUCAGUUACAAAGAGUUCAUUGGUAUCAUGAAGGACCGGCUGCACCGUGGAGGCAGGGGUUAUAAGGCUGUAGAGCGUUUUACUUCAUUUAAAUCAUGUCUGAAGAAGGAACUGGCUGGCAGAUAAGUAGCCCUAUAUACACACAUGCACAC